UUUGUUACGUCGUGGUUUUUGUUAAAAGUUGGUGCUUUUUGCGGGUAAAACGAAUAAAUAAUGUCUGUGCCUUUCAGCGGCGCCCUACGCCGCUCGGGCGGCAUUGUUUCAGCCAUUGGCAAGCAGCUGAAGAGCGUGAAUUUGAAGGGCGUUAAGCGAAUCACCGUGCAGUUUGAUCCGUUUGCGGAAAACGUCAAGUCCACACGAGAAUUCCUUUUCCUGCUCUCCACACCCAAAGUGGCACUCACGAAUCCCAAGUGCGUAGUUAAAUCGGAAAUUGUAUGCAAUCGCCAGCCGGCCAACAUCAAGUUUGCUUUGAUUGACUCAGCCCAAGAACAAGCUAAAGUCAAGGAGAUACGAUUCAACAGUGAUAACAUCAACACUCUAGAGCUCCUGCAGCUGUGCAACAGACACGUGUCCAGCUUGGCACCACCCGAGGAGAUCACCAACAAGGUCCUGACCAAGGCGGAAAAACAGAAGCUCGGAGGAGGCGCCGGUGGUGGAAAGAAGACUUCCAAAAAGAAGUAA